AAAAGGAAUCGUAUCGUAUGUCCGCUAUCCAGAACCUCCACUCUUUCGACCCCUUUGCUGAUGCAAGUAAGGGUGAUGAUCUGCUUCCUGCUGGCACUGAGGAUUAUAUCCAUAUAAGAAUUCAACAGAGAAACGGUAGGAAGACCCUUACUACUGUCCAAGGGAUCACUGAUGAUUACGAUAAAAAGAAACUAGUGAAGGCGUUUAAGAAGAAAGUUGCCUGCAAUGGUACUGUAAUUGAGCAUCCAGAAUAUGGAGAAGUAAUUCAGCUACAGGGUGACCAGUGCAAGAACAUACGCCAGUUCCUCGUGGAGACUGGACUGGCUAAGGACGACCAGCUGAAGGUUCAUGGGUUUUAA